UUAAUAAGUAGUUGCAAAAUGAGUGUGCGAAAGCAAAGCAUGUUAGGUGUAGCAGCGGUUGUUAUAUCUUCAUCGUCCUCCAUAAUCUUCUCGAGGAAUAUUCUCUCCAAGUCUUCUCCUUCCUUCCAUCUUUCACGCACUCUCGCUCCUUCUUCUCCCCGCUUCUCAAUCCGAUCAAUGGCCGAUUCUGCUUUCAGGAAAGUUCAGAUUCAGAGAGAUGACACUGCAUUUGAUGCAUAUGUGGUUGGCAAAGAAGAUGCACCUGGAAUUGUUGUUCUUCAGGAGUGGUGGGGUGUGGAUUAUGAGAUCAAAAACCAUGCUGUGAAGAUUUCUCAACUUGGCUCAGGUUUCAAAGCUCUUAUUCCGGAUUUGUAUCGAGGAAAGGUUGGUCUGGAUGUUGCUGAAGCUCAACACCUAAUGGUUGGUCUUGACUGGAAGGGUGCUGUAAAGGAUAUCCGUGCUUCAGUUAACUGGCUUAAAGCUAAUGGCUCAAAGAAGGCUGGAGUGACUGGGUUUUGCAUGGGGGGUGCUCUCUCUAUUGCAAGUUCUGUUUUAGUUCCUGAAGUCGAUGCUGUUGUUGCCUUUUAUGGGGUUCCUUCAUUUGAACUUGCAGACCCUGCCCAGGCCAAGGCCCCUGUUCAAGCUCAUUUUGGAGAACUUGACAACUUUGUUGGGUUUUCAGAUGUGGCGGCUGCAAAGGCGUUGGAGGAAAAACUGAAAGCAUCAGGAACUCAAUAUGAGGUACAUAUUUAUCCACGCAAUGCGCAUGCGUUCAUGAACAGGUCCCCCGAAGGUAUAAAGCGGAGGAAGGACAUGGCAAUGGACGAUGAGGAUGAAGAUGCAGUCCAGCUCGCAUGGUCUCGUUCCGAGUCAUGGAUGGCUCGUUUCUUGUCGUCGUAACUUCAUCAUGGUGUGCUCUUCUUGUUGAUCGAAUAAGUACGAAACUGUCUAGAACUAAUAUAAUACCAUACGUU